AUGGCGCUCCUCCUACUCCCGUUGCUGCAGCUGCUGCUGUGCCUGUGCUGCGGGGGUGUACACGCGGCCACGCCGUACCCGCACGCCGGCGGCGGCGAUCCGCUCGCCGGCGCCGAGAAGAGGUACGAGGGGAGCUCCGACCUGGUGGACCUGCGCUACCACAUGGGCCCCGUCCUCUCCUCCGCGCCGCUCCGCCUCUACGUGCUCUGGUACGGCCGCUGGGACCCCGCGCACCAGGCGCCCAUCCGCGACUUCCUCCUCUCCAUCUCCGACCCGGCGCCGCCGCGGCCGUCCGUCGCGGCCUGGUGGGCCACGGCGGCGCUGUAUACCGACCAGACGCUCGCCAACGUCACCCGCCGCGUCGCACUCGCGGGGGAGGCCGACGACGCGGCGGCGUCGCUGGGAGGGGCGCUCACCCGCCUCGACAUCCAGCGUGUGCUCGCCGCAGCGGUGUCCGGGGGGCGCCUCCCCGCCGACCACCGCGGCGGGGCCUACCUCGUCCUCACGGCGCCCGGCGUCGCCGUCCAGGACUUCUGCCGCGCCGUCUGCGGCUUCCACUACUUCACCUUCCCGUCCCUCGUCGGCCACACCCUGCCGUACGCCUGGGUCGGCCACAGCGGCGGCCGGUGCACCGACGUGUGCGCCUACCCGUUCUCCCUCCCGUCCUACAUGUCCCGUGGCGGCGUGGCGGCGCUGCGGCCGCCGAACGGCGACGCGGGCGUCGACGGCAUGGUGAACGUCAUCGCGCACGAGCUGGCGGAGCUGGCGACGAACCCGCUGGUGAACGCGUGGUACGCCGGGGAGGACCCGACUGCACCGACCGAGAUCGCCGACCUCUGCGAAGGCGUGUACGGCACGGGGGGCGGCGGCGGAUACGCCGGCAAGGUGGCCGUCGACGCGCAGGGGCGGAGCUGGAACGUGAACGGCCGCAACGGGAGGCGGUUCCUGGUGCAAUGGAUCUGGAGCCCCGUAGCAAAAUCCUGCGUGGGACCCAAUGCCAGUGACUAGAUUAUUUCUCAAUGCAGUACUUAGGCUAGAUUAUUUCUCAAUACAGUAUUUAGGCUAGUAGUGUUACCAAGUUUAUUAUUCACUCCCUAUUUUAGUAUAUUUAUUUUAGUA